GGAUUACGGAUGUGACAUUCGCUCGCAGUGAAAGUGGUCCUCCUCACAUUCGGAUCCGACGCUCGAGUUUAAGUAUAAAAACCGUGAAUUUUCACUACGAAGACACAUUCGAUUUCCAGCGUCCGCCAAAUCGAGUCACAAGAUGCGCGUCUUCUUGCUCUGCAUUCUCGCCGUUUCCGCGAUCGCUUCGGAGACGAAAAGCAACGACAAGAAAAGGAGCCCCUCCUUGGACGCGGUCGCUGCAUCGGCCGCGGCUGAUUACUCCUCAUUGUCAAACGGAUACGCGGACGCCGAACGGAUCUCCAACGGAUUGAACAACGCCUACGAGAACGCCGCACUGGACAAUGCUUACAACAACGCCGCUUUGAACGGUGAAUUGAACAACGCCGCUAACAAUGCCGCCCUGAACAACGCCUACAACGACAACGUUUACAACAACGUUGCCCUCGACUCCGGAUUGAAUUCAGGGUUGAUCAGGGCUCAAGCCCAGUCCAUCGCCGGACCGGAGGGGCCGAUUUCAUCCGCCGUCGUCGACCGCGUUGUUCCGGUUGCCGUAACGGUCGCUCAACCCGUCGAGGUAACCCGCAACGUCGCCGUCCAAGUGCCACAGUACGUUCCCAUUGAACACAACCGUCCCGUUCCCGUUGCGGUUCCGCAGCCGAUCGCCGUACCGGUGAACAAGCAUUACGCCGUCCCCGUCGACAGACCGAUACCGGUCCUCGUGCCGCACGCGGUUCGCGUAACUUACCCCCGCGUUGCGAUUCCAUUCCAAGUACCCGAGCCGUACGUCGCGUCUCUCCGACAGUCGAACUACGGCCUCGAGUCCGCAUACGGAGGAGAACGUCUUCCCUACAGCGUGAUCGAGGCUCUCAACAACGGGCUGAACGCCUACAACGGCAACAUCAAACCUUCGGCAGCCGCUUUGUACGCCGCGAGUCAGACCCCCGGACUCGGAACUUACGCGAGGCAGGGAAGUCUCGGUUCGGCGUUGGGAUCCUCCAACAACGGUUACAACGAUAACCAGAGGUACGCCGGUUCCGGACUUCAGUCGUCGGGAUCUUGGGCGAGUCCGAGCUACUCUGGUGUACAGGGGAGUUACUCUCAGCGCGUCAGUUCCGGCGUUAGCGAAGGUUACAGUUACAACCGACCAGCCAAAUCGUGGUGAACGCCGAGAUGCGUGGAACGGCACAGUUCGUGAAUCGUUAGAAGAACCAAAUAAUUUUUUUCUUCAAUUAGUAAAAUGUUUAUGUUAAACUCUGCGCAAAUAUAGAAUUUUUAUUUUUUCUUACGAAA